GUCCCCGAGUGCGAGUGUCUGUUUUUUAUGAUUACGCUAUUGUAAAAAGUUGCCUUUGUUUCUGUUGUAAAUAUUGAAUGUCUUUCACAUGUUUUCUGAAAUUAAUUGACAUUUUAUGGAUAUUUAUCACUUUUCAUAUUUGCCUGCCACGCCGUCUGUCGCCCUUGCAAUUCGCUUCACCAUUCGCCGCAGCGUGUGGCUUGAUCAGUACAUUUCGAUACAUUUAUCUAGUCGCUAGACGUUGCACCGAUCGUACGGCGCAAAUAUUCGCUAUACGAUUGUCCAGCGGCCAGGCCGUAAUGCUAUAGAUACCAUUUCGAGCGCUUUUGGCCUGAAGUGUUGGGAAUACCUCGCCCUAAAGCUCUAAUACGUCAGAACAGGCUUUAUAGAAGGUCGUGUACAGAUCUCAGCAAAAGUCAAACAUCAAAGAUGUUGUUACAAUUGUGUCUAGUUAGUAUGUUGGUCUGUUCAAGUGGUUUCAAGGUGCUGGUGAUGAAUACGACCCCCGGCAGGAGUCAUGCGAUACUGAUGGAUGCAGUGGUCCGACAUCUGUCGCAGGCAGGGCAUCAGAUUACUUACAUUACUGGAUGCCCGGAAACAAUAAGCCAACAGAACGUCAGCAUUAUCGAUAUAAGUGAAAACAAUAAGUUUAUAUCUGGAAAUGUUUUAAACAUAAGAGCAAUACUGGACAAGAAGAUCGAUAUGACGAACUUAAAGUUUCUCCUAGAUCUGUUAUUGGAGGUUGCGAGAACUGCCAUAUCAAACUCAGCAGUCCAGAAGCUUCUCAGUGAUACCAACCAACACUUUGACGUGAUAAUUGCGGAGUGGAUGUAUACCGAACUGCCAGCCGGUAUAUCUGCAAUAUACGGCUGCCCGAUGGUCUGGUUGUCGUCGGUGCACCCUCACUGGAUGAUCCUCAAGCUGAUAGACGAGGCACCGAACCCAGCGUACAACGCUGACGCCAUCUCGAGGAACGUAAUACCAUUUAAGUUUUAUGAGCGCCUCGUAGAGCUGUGCUAUCAGGGAUAUGCUCUGCUUCUACAAAAAUUAUAUUAUUAUGCCAAGGAAGAGCAGUACUACAAAGAUCUUCUUGUUCCAUUUAUUAGCAAAAGAAACAGGAUUGCACCAUCAAUUAAUGAUAUAAGGUAUAACGCUUCCCUGAUUCUGGGGAAUUCACACGUGACCAUGGAAAAUCCGAUGAGGCUUCCACAGAAUUAUAAGCAUAUCGGCGGAUUUCACAUUGAUGGUCGUGUUAAAGAUCUGCCAGAGAACAUAAAAUCAAUAAUGGAUAACUCACGACAUGGUGUGAUCUACUUCAGUCUCGGUUCCAACUUGAAAAGUAAAGAACUGCCUGCGGAGAUCAAAGAUGGAUUGUUGAGAGUUUUUGGUGGAUUGAAAGAGACUGUUCUAUGGAAAUAUGAAGAUGAUUUAUUAAAUCGACCUGAUAAUGUUCAUGUUCUACAAUGGGCGCCACAGAAUAGCAUAUUAGCUCAUCCAAAAUGCAUUCUCUUCAUCACGCACGGCGGUCUCCUAUCGACCACAGAAGCUAUCCAUUUCGGGGUACCAAUUAUUGGUAUCCCCGUAUUUGCUGACCAGUUUAUAAACGUUAAAAAGGCAGUAAAAGGGGGCUUCGCUAUUCUAGUUGAUAUGUCUUACACUAUGGUAUCUGAACUGGAGAAAGCUAUUCAAGAAAUGAUUAGUAAUUCAACAUACAUGGAAAAAGUGAAGGAGUUGUCGGUGAUAUACCACGACAGACUGGUACCUCCUGGAGCAGAGCUGGUGCACUGGGUGGAGCAUGUGGUGAAGACUCGGGGAGCUCAUCAUCUGCGAUCACCAGCUCUUCAUCUGCCGCUCUACCAGAAGCUGUAUCUUGAUCUAUUAGCUGUGAUUUUUGUCUUGUUUAUAUUAUCUUUGUAUGUUAUUAGAUGUAUUUAUUUAGUAGGUUUGUAUUUUCUUCAUAAAAAACAUGACGAUUUUAAUAUAAAACUAAAAUCAAUGUAAUGUUAGACUGUGACAGCUCCCAAUAUUUACGUAGAAAGGGUAUUGAAAUAGCCGUCAUCUAUUUUAGUAUAUAUUUUUAAUUAUAGGAUCGGUCAGUAUUGGCAAGUCUGCAACUAUAAGACAUACAAAGAUCUGCCGGUCUACCAUGAACUCUUAUUGCGAUUCAAUUGACGACCUAAAAUGAACUGCUUUGCUAUUUCAUACCACGGCGUCAUUAGAGCUAUCCAAUUUAGGUUGACGUCAAUUCAAGUCUGAAAUUGAAUCGCAAACCGUUUAGAUCGUUCAUUCAUUCGUACCAUGAGGUAAUAUUUCAACCUAAACUGGAUGUAUGGCUUAUGUGUCAAAGUGAGCGAUUCAAAAAAAGUUACUGUUUCUUAGCGGAAAGUGAAUUGUUUGUUAAUAACAUUUGAAAAAUAGUGAAAAUAUACAAAAAAGGAAAAUGGAAUUUAUAAUGUCUCGUGUUAGGAGCAAGAAAUGAAACCACCAGUUAUUUUAACAAUCAAUCACAUUAUGUAAUAUCUGACAAUUCACGUCAAACCCGAGACAAUAUUUCUGGGUGUCUACACUACAGAAUUAAUGAAAGAUGAGAUGAGAAUACAUUAUUAGACUUUUUUUGUAAAACAAAAUACUGAAAAUGAAAAUACUAAAGACGAGGCAGUAAGGCCACUGGAUAUAGCCUGUUCGCAAUAAUGAAUUAAGAAAGUAAAAAGCCACUAAAAACAUAUCAUUAUAGGUUUCGAAACGCAACGCAUAUGGUUCGAGUAAGAGGCACAGACUGAUGCAACAACUGUAGAGCGUCAUCUCUUUCUCGCACCGCGGACCACAGACAAAUUUAUUUCGUUCAUUCUUCCAUAAGCGAUUUAAUAGCCAUUCAGUUAUAGGCACUUCAUUGUAGGAUCUUAGCGAUUCAAUUUAGGUGCUACUUAAGCUGAACUGCAUCGGAAAACAAUCGCUAAAUAAAAGUUGAUGGUAGGCCUUCAGUUCUUACGAAACAUGUCAUCGAUUUCAGUAACAAGAAUAAAGGAGAUAAAACUCGAACCCAGAAUUUUUGAAAAAUAAAACGUAGGUUUAUUAUAUUUAUUUGAGUAUAUAUCAGUAAAUUAAUAAAACACAAAAUAGUUACUGAUAUGUGAUCCCAGUGUCUUCCUUAUUCUUGUUAUAUUAUUUUUACAAAGUUUUACCACGCAACCCAGCAUUCAAGUUUCAAUUAUUAGCAAAUUUAACAGAAAUUGUGGCACGUCAACGUCAAAAAUUGUUCGAGACUGGCUCGAGUACGCCCACUUGGGCGUAGUAUUUGUUGCCGCACUUUGCGACUACGCCUGCGGUAUCUAGUUGGAGCGCAGCGGAGACCAAUCCUUAAUCUAAGGGGACUGACUUAUUAUUGCAUUUCCUUCGGUCCGGUUGAGUGUGCAAAAUUCCAAAUUAAUAUAUCGACGUUUUGAAGGGGUUGGAAAUAUACAAAGAAUCCUUGAUGAUUGUGUGAAGUUUCAAUUCAAUCCAACGUUUCAAAGUGGGUGAAAAUCACACUCAAUUAAACUAAGCACUCAAGUAAUUAAGUGCUAACGCGUCUAUUGCGGUACUCAUAUACAAAGGGCGUAGUCCUCAUGGAAGUCAGCCCUUGUCCAUCCGAUCCAAAAAAAAGGAGACAGUUCGGAUCCAGCAAACUACAGGCCUAUAGCUAUUACCUCCCUGCUCUCCAAAUUCAUGGAGAGCAUAAUUAACCGCCAGCUCUUGGUAUACCUAGAGGGUCACCAGUUGAUCAACGACCGGCAGUGCGGCCAUGGUCGGUCGGCAGGUGAUCUUCUGGUAUACCUAACACAUAGAUGGGCGGCGGCUAUUGAAAGCAAGGGGGAAGGCCUGGCAGUUAGCCUGGAUAUAGCGAAGUCCUUUGAUCGUAUAUGGCACAAGGUGCUCCACUCAAAACUUCCAUCAUUUGGGCUUCCCGAGAGCUUAUGCAAGCGGACCUCCAAUUUCCUCACUGGGCGCAGAAUACAGGUCGUUGUCGACGGUUAUUGCUCGAACCCGAAGCCCGUGAACGCUGGAGUACUCCAAGGCUCUGUGCUAUCACCCACACUGUUUCUGCUGCAUAUCAAUGAUAUGUUGGACACCUCCAACAUACAUUGCUAAGCAGACGACAGCACGGGCGAUGCCGUAUACACGGGCCAUGCAGGUCUCUCUAGGGAAAUCGUCGACCAGUGCCGGGAGAAACUUGUGUCUUCUAUCGAGUCCUCUCUUGAGAAGGUCGCGGAAUGAGGAAAAUUGAACCUUGUUCAAUUUAACCCCCAGAAGACUCAAGUUUGCGCGUUUACCACAAAAAAACCCCAUUUGUCGUAUCACCGCUCUUCGAUAACACUUCCCUUAAAGCCUCGCCUAGUAUCGGAAUUCUGAGUCUUGAUAUCUCGAGCGAUUGCCAAUUCCCCGGCCAUCUGGGGAGCAAAGCCAAAUUGGCUUCGACGAAGCUGGGCGUCAUUAAUAGAGCUCGGCAAUACUUCAAGCCGGCCCACAUUCUAGCGCUCUACAAAGCGCAGGUCCGGACACACAUGGAGUAUUGCUGUCAUCUCUGGUCUGGCGCACUUCAGUAUCAGCUCGAUCCAUUUGACCUCGUGCAACGUAGAGCAGCUUGAAUUGUAAGGGACCCAGUGCUCUGUGAACGGCUGGAUCACUUGGCGUUGCGUAGAGACAUCGCUUCUUCUUGUGUGUCAUCUACCUCAUGUAUCAUGGGGAGUGUUUCAAAGACUUGUUUCACCUGAUUCCUGCCGCCGAAUUCCACCUUCGCACGACACGCCACAAGUUAGGAUUUCAUCCUCACCAUUUGGAUGUGUGGCGGUCCUCCACAGUGCGGUUUUCAAGGAGCUUCCUUUCACGCUCCUUCCACGUUCUUCAAAGCUGUGGAAUAAACUUCCUUGUGCAGUGUUUCCGCGACGAUACGACACGGGACCUUCAAAAAACCGCGUACACCUUCCUUAAAGGUCGGCAACGCCCCUGUGAUUCCUCUGGUGUUGCAAGGGAAUGUGGGCGGCGGCAAUCACUUAACACCAGGUGACUCGUACGCUCGUUUGUCCUCCUUUUCCAUAAAAAAACUCAAGAAUUCCGUUACGUGCAUACAUACAUACCAAGCUAUUUAAUAGAAGAAUUUGAAGAAAGUUUGUGUUUAUAGCUAACAAACUUUGUGUUACAAACGUUACUUACUGUCAAAAUGUGUCUUAAUUGGGACGCUUUUGAGUCCCGCAAUCCUUGCGCUAAUUUUAAUAUAAAAUAUCAUUAGAUGCAAUGCAUUUACAUAUUAAUUUAUUAAUGGGAUUUCUUAGAUAGUAACUAGGUUACUGUAUAAUUUUGAAGAAUAUAAUACGUAGGUAAUAUAAUGUGGCGUUAAAUAUUUAUUGUAUCCUAUGACUUAUUGCUAUACUCAUUAAGUGCUCAAUGUGUCCGCAAAUAAAGCAUGAAUUUGA